UGAAUAAAAUUUAACCAAAUAAUUUCGUAAAAAGGCUGACUCAUUAUGUGGUACAAUUCAGUAUAAUAAAAUAUCUGUUCAUAUUGUUUCCAUAAAAAUAAUAUAAACUCACAUUUUUUUCAUGACUGCACACCAUACCUCCAACAAAAGUUGCUGUGGAUGCUCCUGUAGAAGCAUUAGCGACGUUCUGUGACUAGUUACUGCAGAUACAGUUGGUACAAUUAAUCAAAGUGCUCUGAUACCAUGGCAGUAAGCUGAAAUAUUUCAGUGACCCAGCUCCCACUCAAACAUGUCUUUGAGCCUUGAAUGAAAACAUCAAAAUUAAUAUUCCGAUGAGCAGCAGAGUUGAAUAAUAACAUCACAGCAACCAACCCGUAGAGUGUUGACAAAAGAAGUCUCUGUUUUCAAACUGUACUUUGAUUUUUUUUCCUUAUUCACCGUAUCGCAAGCAAGACAUAAACAUUAGCCACACUCUCCUUGUCUGUGGAGAGCUCUGGCUGCAAGUUUUCUGAUUUAUAAAAAACACUGAAGAUGGGGGCUCUGAUGGGCACUUUGUCAUUCCAGACGAAAGAUAGGAGUCGAUGUAAAGACAGUGUUGAGGAUGAGUUGGAAAUGGCUACCGUCUGCCAUCGUCCCGAGGGGCUGGAGCAGCUUGAGGCACAAACUAAAUUCACAAAAAAAGAACUUCAGAUCCUCUAUAGGGGUUUUAAAAAUGAAUGUCCCAGUGGGAUAGUCAAUGAAGAAACAUUCAAAGAGAUUUAUGCCCAGUUUUUCCCCCAAGGUGAUGCAUCCACGUAUGCACACUUUCUGUUUAACGCCUUUGACACAGACCACAAUGGUUCAGUAAGUUUUGAGGAUUUUAUCCAGGGUCUUUCUGUUUUACUUCGUGGAACAAUACAGGAUAAACUAAAAUGGGCAUUCAAUUUAUAUGAUAUAAAUAAGGAUGGAUAUGUAACUAAGGAGGAAAUGCUGGAUAUUAUGAAAUCUAUUUAUGACAUGAUGGGAAAAUACACUUAUCCUGUUCUUAGAGACGAAACGCCCAGGCAGCAUGUUGAAAUAUUUUUUCAGAAAAUGGAUAAAAAUAAAGAUGGGGUAGUGACCAUUGAUGAAUUCAUUGACACCUGCCAAAAAGAUGAGAAUAUCAUGAAAUCCAUGCAACUCUUUGAAAAUAUUAUUUAAUGUCAGCAACAAUCAAGCACUUUAAAGGACAGCUUCAAAGAUUCUAAACAAAAGGAAUGACUGUGAUCAGUGGAGAAACUACUACCACUAUAAUAUAAUUCAGCAACAUGCUGAGAUGAUGUAUUAUGCAAGUCAGCUUAGUUCAGAUGUAAAGCCUUCAACUAGUAAAUAUUUUUUAGAGUUAUGAACAUAGCCAAUGUCAUAACAGUAAGAAUGGAAUAUUUUAUUUAAACAAAAUAUCUUGUGUUAGUUGCACAUGUAAAAUGCAUGCUUUCAUAUUCAGGCAAAAUACCCUUCCUAAAGAUGAUGAUGAUUAUGGUUAUGUUACUAUUUUAAAUAAAUGGAUGAGAGGUGGAUUCCAUGCAUACAUAUGUGCGUGAGUGUGCGUGUGCGUGAGUGUGCGCGUGUGUGUGUGUGUGCAUGUGUGUGUGCGUGUGCGUGUGAUUGAUGUGUGUGGCUUCAUAGCACAGCACUUCUAAUUUGCUGCAGACUGUUUGGCAAAUUGAAAUACGCAGCACCUGAACCAAACGUCAUUCAAGAGCCCAAGUAUAAUUUUAAUAAAAUACAGGGCAAUGUAGAAAAUAAAAGACGAAUGCAAUGUACUGUAACAUACUAUCCAUUUGUACAUCACAUUUUCUUAACUAGAAUUAUCACAGUGCCUUUUAUGGCAAGAUCGAAGUCACACAACUAUUUCAGAUAUAGGGAUGGAAUGCUAAAAACACCUAACCAUUAUCUGCUCUGAUGUAUUUAUUAUGUACUAAUAGAGGAGCAGUGUGAUCCCAUUACAUCUUCAAUUUAUGAUAGUGUCUUUGUGUAUUAAUGUGUACAUUUUGUAACAAAACGACUCAUGAAAAUAAAAAGAGUAGGUUUAUCAAAGUGUUGAUAUUCUGGUGUUGGUUUGUUUCAACCUACAAAAGACUUUCCUGAUCAUUCAGUAGCAAAGUAAAAUUUUCACAGCACUGUAAAAAUAGCAUUGAGCUACUUUAAUUUAGUAGGAAUGAUUGAUGGAUAAUGUCUUCCUGAGAGUCUCCAAUGAACUAUAUAGCUGGAGCAAGCAUAAAUCUCUAACCGUAAUCACUUCAUUUUGGGGGGAAAAACCUAAUACAGAUUUUCUAAAAAAGACAAAGUGCUGGAGUAGCUCAGUGGGUCAGGCAGGCAGGGGCAAGGAUGCUGUCUGACCUGCUGAGUUACUCCAGCACUUUGUGAUGCUCUCUGACCCGUUGAGUUGCUCGAGCAUUUAGUGAUGUUGCCUGCCUCACUGAAUUACUCCAGCAUAUUGUGUAUUUUUCUUAAACCAGCAUCUGCAGUUCCUUGUUUCUAAUAUAGGCAGUUUUGCUAUAACGUGAUAGUUGAGUUCAAAAGAAGCCAUGCGUUAUCUGAAGAAUUGCAUUAGAAAUGUUUGUCAGUGAGCAAGAGAGUCUCAGACUUGCAAUGACAAAAUUAUUUUUCCAGCAUAAUUUCCAAAAUUAAAAGACAUGAAUAGCAAUAAGUUUAUUUUUGUUACUGUUUGUUAAAGAUACUGAAGGCUACAUGUAACAUUACUUAAUCAUGUAUCUAUGCACAUGUCUCAAUAGAACCGAUUGUCUAUCAAUUUCAAAGGAGAUCAAUAGUAAAGAAGUAAAUGUUAAGGGACAAUGAUAAGAGUCAAGUCAAGAGUGUUUUAUUAUCGUAUGUCCCGGAUGGGACAAUUCAAUUCUGACUUGUUGCAGCACAACAGAAUAUGUGAAUAUGUAAACAUAGUACAUAACGGGGGAAGAGAA